AUGAAGUUACCACUGCCGCAACGUGUCUAUCGUGCACAUAUUGCCACAAUGAAUGAAGUACCAAAAAUAUUACAAUUUCAAAAAGAAUUAGCUGAAGCUGAAUUACACAAUUUACAAAAAGAUUUUGAAAUUUUAUCUAAAAGAUUUGAAGAAGAUAUUCAUUUUAAAAUUAAUCAAAUUUAUGUUAGUAUUAAUGCAACUGAAGGUGAUUUUGAAAAAAUUUAUGCUAUUAGAUUAAUGAUUUAUAAUGAAUAUUGUACAAUAGAUGAUUCAAUUAGCAAUUUAGGCUUAAGAACUCAUUUAUUUGUUGCUAUUAUCAAUGCUAUAUAUUUGAUUGUGUUGAUUAUCUGUAAUUGGGUUUCAAUACCAGAUUGGUCUGGAAUUACAAAAAAUGAACAAGAUAUGUUUCAAUUCAUUAUUGAUAAAUCAAGGGAUGGUGAAGAUACAAUAACCCCAUUGAAUCAAAAAUUGUUAAUUAAAAUCAUACCUAAUACUGUUAAUGAUCAGAAUCUUUAUGCAAUGGCUAAAUUGAGAACCUUUACAUGUUUAAGUCUUUCUUGGUAUACAUUUUUCUUCACAUUAUCAUACUUCAUUCCAGGUCGUAAAGACUGGGUCUUGUUCAAUUUUAAACUUUUCCAUUUUAGAUUACAAAAAAGAUCCAUAAUUUAUUUAAUCUUAAUUUUGUCAAGUAUUACAUUUGGUAUUACAACUAGUCAAUUAGUUGAUCAAUUGUAUUUUAAAUUGAUUAAAGGUAUGGUACCAGCUGUUUCUGAAAGAGUUGUUAGACUGAUGAGACCAAAGUAG